AGAAAGAUAUAAAAAACGAGCUGCUGGAGGAACUCAGCGGGUCGGGCAGCAUCUGUGGAGGGAAAUGGACAAUCGACAUUUCGGGUUGAGACAGUUCAGAUGAAGGAUCUCGAUCCGGAAAGGUCCUUCCGAUCGGAGCGAUGGGGCCUUUGGACAUUCGGCUAACGUUUUUUGUUGCUCUACGUGUUUACGAGAUGGGGUUGCUGGGCAUAUGGCCAACUCACCCACGCUCGUCGCCGGGCUUAGACAGUCCAUUGGGCGUUUUCUUAUCUUUUCACUGUUUAAUUUGUUUUUGAUCCCACACUAACAUGGAAAUAGCCAGAAUUCCCACUGAACCCAUCCAACAACAUAAUGUUCAUUCCCCGAGUCUGCAGCGCGCGUAGUGGACAAUCGCGGUACUGCAGGGGAUCGGCAGCUCCCCGAAAGUGAAAGCAUUCUGAAUCAGGAAGUGUCAGGAGUUAACAUGGCUUCGAAAGGACCGGUCGAGAGUUUAACAGAGGAGGCAAUUUGUCCCGUCUGCCUGGAUUUCUUCACCGAUCCGGUUAUACUGGAGUGUGGACACAACUUCUGUCGCUCUUGUAUCACACGGUGUUGGGAAAGGGAGCAGAGAAACUCCUGCCCGGAAUGCAGAGAGGUGUUUGCUGACCGCACCCUCAGGGUGAAUCGGGCCUUAGCAAAUCUGGCUGAAAAAUCUCGAAAUCUUGACCUGAAUCGGAAAGGGAAGGAAAGUAAACGUCACUGCGAGGAACAUGAGGAAGAACUGAAGCUGUUUUGUGAAAAGGACAAGACACUAAUCUGUCUGGUCUGUGCAGUUGCGGAGGAACACAGAGAGCACCGCUUCCUGCCGAUUAAAGAAGCUGUUAAAAUCUACAAGGAUCAGCUAAAAUCUUCCUUAGACUCUCUCACAAAAAAGAAAUCAGACUUCCAGAAAAAGGAGCAGCAACAGAAACAGAAGAUUUCCGGAGUUCGGGAACAGACACACAGCAUUCAGUCCCACGUCACAUCCCAGUUUGCUGAACUGCGCCAGAUUAUCACUGAGAAAGAGCAGAGCUUACUCAGGGAUCUCAGGGAAGAAGAGAAGAGGAUUCUCAACCCAAUGGAGAAAAAUCUUCGGGAGAUUCAAGAGAAUAUAAUUUUAAUUCAGGAGGAAAUCUCAAAGAUAAAGGAACAGAUGGAUCAAAAAGACAGUGUGAUAUUUCUCAAGGAGGAAGCUCGUCGGAACAGAAGGAUUAAUGACGAUGUCCAUGAAUUGGCAGUGACAGAUGAGACACUACCGGUUGAAAAAUUCGAUCACCCCUAUUUGUUGAACACAGUGCUGAGAGAAACGCUUGAUGCUAUUUAUCGAGUCUCUGUCACCCUGGAUGUGGAAACGGCGCAUCCGGGUCUCGAGGUGUCUGGGGAUCGGAAGAGUGUGAGAUGGAUCUGGACCUGGAGGAAUCUCCCUGACACUGGGAAGAGAUUCACAGACUGGAUUUGUGUGCUGGGAUCGGAGGGAUUCCCAUCGGGGAGACAUUACUGGGAGGUGGAGGUGACGGGGAAUCAGCGCUGGUUUCUGGGAGUCGCCGCCGAGUCUGUGGAGAGGAAGAGACGGGUCAGUCUGAGUCCGGAGACCGGAUUCUGGGUCAUCAGGCGGGUUGGUGACGUGUUACAUUGGGAUUGUGACGUGUCCGGUCGCCCCUCCCCCGGGUCCCGUCUCGCUGCCGGUCCCAUCCCCGGGAAGGUGGGAGUUUAUCUCAGUUACGAGUCCGGGACAGUUUCAUUUUACAACGCGGAGACCAAGGCCCAUCUCCACACCUUCACUGGGAAUAAAUUCACGGGGAAACUUUAUCCUUUCUUCCGGACCGGGGAUGUGAACCAGUGGCUGAGAAUCUGCUCCGGUUCCGCUCCGGGUCUGUAAACGGGUCCGGUCCCGGGACGGGCGUCAGGAGUAAAGUCCCUGUAAAUAUAAAUGUGCGGAGAGUGCAGCUAAAUACGUGGCUAAGGGGAUGGUGCAGGAGGGAGGGCUUCAUGUUUCUGGUCAAUUGGGCUUUGUUCCCGGGAAGGUGGGGCCUGUUCCGACGGGACGGUUUGCCCCUAAACUGGGCGGGGGGGGGAGGAAUAACAUUCUUGCGGGUAGAUUUACCAGUGCUGCUCCGGGGAAUUUAAUCUAGAUUUGCAGAGGGAGGGGAACCAGAGUGUUAGAGCAGAUAGUGAGGUGCAGGAGGAUAAGGAACAUGAGAGGACUGCAUGUAUAAACGGAAAUGAUAAAAAAGCAGAUGAUAUACAUAUUCUCAGGAACAUCUAUUUCAAUGCACGGAGUAUUGUCGGUAAAACAGAUGAGUUUAGGGCUUGGGUUGACACGUGGGAUAACGUCAUUACUGCUAUUAGUGAGGGGCAGAACUGGCAGCUUAAUGUUCCGGUAAAAUUGGAGAAGGGCCAAUUUUGUGGAAAUGAAAAAGGAUCUAGGAAGAGUGGA